ACAGAUCGCUAUAGCUAGUAUUAGUUUGUGGACCUGCACUCUUCAAAGCCAUCCGUUUUGAAAUUAUCAGACGGCUCAUUGAUAAAGAAAGUUUUCCUUCUCAAAACCUUUGUUUCAAGAUUCAUAGGUACCUGGAUUAAUUUUGGAUAAGCAUUCUCUGUCAUUACCAAGUUCUAAACCAGAGAAAAUGUCCUCCACAUAUGCGAACGAUUCAGAUCGCCAUUCUGUAAACGUUUGGCCAGAGCCUUUUCCAGAAUGGACCCACGCUAUUGAAGAAUGGAACUGGAUGUGGUUUGCCCACAUUUAUGGUUUUGCCAGCCUUUUUACUCUCUACACGUUAUACGCUGUCUUUUCUCUUUCUCGGUUUCGAAAAAUGGCUAAUGCGAAACGGAAGGUCCAUUUGUUGGUCGUGAGCUGUGCACUGAUCACCGCGGGAAUCGGGCGGGCUCUUGUUCUUUUCUGGGAUCCUUACACCUCGAAGAAAUCUUCGUCAGCGAUUCAAAAUGUUGUUGUUUUUAUUUCUUGGGGAAUUGCAACAGCUUGUAUCACCUCAGCGUUUAGUAUAAUGCUCUUAAUCUUCUUGGAGACGACCAAAAUAUCUUUGGGACCACCGAAACUUCGAAACCUGCCCCUCUUGGUUUCAAUCACGCUCACGAACAUCGUUUACGUGACGGUCUCUGAUGUUGUGGUUUGGUUUUAUCCAGAAGCUAAAGUCAUGAUUUUUAUCUGCCAUAUUACUUUCGUCAUUUGGGGUCUCGCUCUUUCUUUUGGUUAUUUCAUUGCGGGUUUUCGGAUGUGGCAAAAUUUGAAGUCCACAUUGAAAGCUAGCAACUUCACCGAUCCAUGCCUUCUUCGGGAUGCCGGAAAACUGAAGCGUUUGUUUUUCUUCAUGAGUGCAGCUUCUGUUUUUGGUUUGGGUAACUUCUCCAUUUCCUUGUACGUAAGCGUUGGAGAGUUUGGUGUUUUUGCUGGCGACAGGUUCGCAAAAAGUUGGCCGUGGUUUUCCACACAAACAAUUUUGAGAACAAUGGAAAUUAUUCUUUGUGGUUUGAUCUUUGUAAUCGCCGCCGACAAUCGAAAAAACUACCAUCAGGCAUCUCCCAGUAAAUCCAACUUCACAAGGAACUCAAUUGAGCCAGCAACUGAAUUAAAUAGUGUCGCUUAGCGCAAAGUUAAAAGAACCUCUUACAGGAGUCAACCACUCAAACUGCACAAAGAUUAAUUAUAAACCUUCCAUGAAAAGGUGUUCUUUUGAAGUUUACAAAAGUUGAUUUUUGAUUAUUAGAUGCUGGGUAAACGCGGAUAAAUAUUGUCAAAGAGCAGGUGUAUAACGACCUAUAUUUUUUUUUUCGCAGGUUUAAUUCGGGUUAUAUUUUUCCUUUUCAUAAUUGUGAACGGAAAUACUUUUUGGAAGAUUUCCAUGUAGGAAUAGCAAGUUCUACUAUUUUUGUUAAAUCCAAUCCAGUCCGGAAAUAAGAUGUCUAUUGUUAGAUCUGUCAGGUGGAAAAAUAGAUUCUAGUGGGCUCCAGCUGAUAAGUUGUUUCAGGAAAAUCCUGGGGAAUUGAGGAAAUCCAAAUGCGUGUGAA